GCCUUUAUGUAACCAAUUAGGUGGAAUCAACUGAAUGAGUUAGUAUUUUUACUGGCUUUCCUUUGACUAUGCUCCAGUGAAGGUUGGGACCAGUUUCUAGCAGCUUGUGGAUUUCAACAGUUGUAAUCCUUCCCUGUUGCAGAACUGAUAAUAAAUUCCCUAAGUCCCCUGGUGAUAUCACAGCCAUACCACACAUACCUCUCAGAAUCCUGAUAUGUGGUGUUAAUGAAGCUAGAAGCACAGAACUGCUAUUUCUGUUGUCCUCCUGCAGUCCAUCCCACUGUAAUUUAUCUACUAAGGGACUGUCUCUGAUAACAUUCAAGCUUGGACCUGUUUCUCAAUGCUUGUUCUUACUAUAAACAAUACAGUGUGACGGAGGAAUGUGUUUUGUGACAUAAUCUUCUGUCAAAAGCAUGUUUGCUGUUGACUGGGGUCAAAGGGGGGCUGUAUUUAGUUAAGUGUUGUCACACAAAAAGGCUCGUAUCUGGCAGUCGUUACAUCAUAGAUGCCCCUGGGACUCUUGCAACUGCAACAACUGCCAUAAAACAGUUUCAUGGACUGCUUUAGCAUUGCAAAUCUAAUUGAGUUUAUUGUCGUCCUGUAUAAAAUGGUGAUAUAUUUUGUUUUGGAAAUAAGGACCUAGUUUGCAUUGCAAAUGACUUUUUCUUGCAGUGUCAUAUAUUGCUGUUUUUUCUGCUGCAAACAAAGAAUUCAGCAGUUGUUUACACCAAGCAUAUUAUAGCUACUCUCUCAUAGAAUAGGACACUUCACUGACUUAUCAGUGGUGAAUCCUUGGUAUGCGUAAUGACUAUUUGCAGGUUGGGUUGGGGUGGGGGUGGAUGGGUGCAGGCUCUGCUCUGCAGAGAGAGCACUCUUCUGUUCUGCUGACUGCAGAAGGACUACCUGGCACCCUCUGCCAGUGCGUCAGCACUCUGAAAUGAGUGAAGAGGGGAAAAAAAAGAUCAAUCGGUGUGACUGCAGAGAGAGAGAGAGCGAGAGACAGGCCAUAUCUUUUGCAUGGCUGUGUGGACAUAUAGUACACUAGUGGCUUGGAGUGCACACUCCGUAAGAUGUGAAGUGAUACCAUUGGUGCUAUUUAGAAAGAUGAUCACGCUGCUUCUCCUCAGCUUUUUCUCUCUGAGCCAAGCAGACAACUUUGACCAGGCAUAUAGUGACCUGGAGAACUACAGGACUAUCUACAUCUCAGAAAAUGGGCCUCGACUGUCAGUUGUGACAGAGCAAGCCAGAGUGGUGUCUCGACGCGGGGGCAAUGUAACACUGCCAUGCUCGUUCCAGAGGGACCCCUCAUCUGCACCAAAUCCCAAACUGAGGAUCAAAUGGACUAAGUUGACUUCAGACUUUCUGAAAGAGAUUGAUGUCUUUGUAGCUAUGGGUUUCCAUAAGAAGAGCUAUGGUAGCUUUCAUGGCCGUGUGCAUCUUCAAGGUGCCAAUGAGAAUGAUGCCUCUCUAGUCAUUACUGAGAUAACACUAGAGGAUUAUGGAAAAUACAAGUGUGAGGUCAUUGAUGGCCUGGAGGAUGACACAGGAGUGGUUUCACUCGAUCUCCAAGGUGUUGUGUUUCCAUAUUUCCCUCGUCUUGGUCGCUACAACUUGAACUUCCAUGAUGCUGACAAGGCCUGUCAAGACCAGGAUGCCAUUGUGGCCUCAUUCGAUCAGCUGUAUGAUGCCUGGAGGGGAGGGCUAGACUGGUGCAAUGCUGGUUGGCUUAGUGAUGGAUCAGUGCAGUAUCCAAUCACCAAACCUCGAGAACAAUGUGGAGGGAAGAGCACGGUGCCUGGUGUAAGAAAUUAUGGGAUGCGAGACAAGGAAAACAACAGAUAUGAUGUAUUCUGUUUUACUUCUAACUACAAAGGACGGUUCUACUAUCUGACGCCCUCUUCCAAGAUGACGUAUGAGGAGGCGGUGCUGGCAUGUCAGAAAGAUGGGGCUCAGAUUGCCAAAGUGGGGCAAAUGUACACAGCAUGGAAACUCCUGGGCUACGACCGUUGUGAUGCAGGCUGGCUGGCUGAUGGCAGUGUGCGCUACCCUAUCUCCCGCCCACGCCGCCGCUGCAGUCCCACAGAGGCUGCUGUGCGCUUCUCAGGCUUUCCGGACAAGAAGCACAAACUUUAUGGUGUCUACUGCUUCAAAAGGCAAAACUGAGAAGCACUCAUGUGAAGCAUAGUUUUCCGCAGAGGGGAAGAGCAGAGGAGAAGACAGUAUGAGGGCGUGUUAAAACUGUGACGGUGUUUUCCAAAUACUGUAUUUGGCAAUAAUUGGGAGUAGUAAGAAUUUGGUGGUACUUUGUUUUUUUUUUGUUUGUUUUUUUUUUUUUUUUUUUUUGCGAUGAAGAUUUUGAGUGUUAAGGGACUGUUGGAAAAAAUGUUGCCCUUGGUUCUCACAAACAGGUUUACUCUAUAAGAUAAGAAUACCAUAAUUGUAGUUUUCAAAAUAAGCCACAACAAUACAUUAUUGAAGUGUGAAUGGUUGUUUACUGAUAUAUACUGAUUUGCUGUUUAUCAUGAGAGACAGCAUGUAAUAUCACAAGAGUAAGAGAGACUGGAUAACUCAGUAAAGAUGUCAUAACAUAUCAGUAAUAUUGUACGCUUCAUUAGACAUUGGACUUAAAGAAUGUACUUGGACUGAAUUGUCAACAAAGCUUGAAAUUAUAGAUACAGUACUAGGUAUUCUCUUCAGUAGCAUCAUAAACCCAUGAGUUCAAAGAUAAGUUCAGCCAACCAUUUGGUCAAAGCAAAAUUACUCAGUCCCAGUCUCUCUCUCUCUCUCUCUCUCUCUCUCUCUCUCUCUCUCUCUUCACACAUUUUUUUAAUCAUCUUUUCAGGGUGCUAUAGUAUAAAGUGUUGUUUUCAGGCCAUAUGUUUUUAAAAUUUGUUUUAAAAAUAUAUAUUUUUUUUCCUGUGGACCAAACAUCCAGUAUUACAUAUGUCAUACUGAAAUGACAAACACUCAUUGUUCUAUGAUUUUUACAAUACAGUAAGCAUUUAUAAUUGUAUCUCUGCUAAGUAUCUGUUUCUUUGAAUGUCCUUUUUAUAUAGCCCCUACAUUUGUUUCUCUUUAUUGAAUAUUUUAGGACAGUGCUGAACUCCUGAGAGUAGGAAACAAAAAAACUAAAACAUGCACUGAUCUUGUCACUAUUAGUUGGAUCAGUGUGACUAAGAAGAGAAAUGUGUGGUUCAUUAAAAGCACCAUUUUGAUUCAGACACAAAUUUUACUUUUUAUAGUAAUUUUUUUAUGUACUCUAUUUGUAUUUUACAUACCUUUCAGGAUCUGCUCAUAAAGCCAAAGACAUAUGCUUACUCCAUUAGUUUUCAAGGGCAUCACUGGACUGUACUAGAUAGUCAUCAAUUGAAACAUUGCACACAUCCAAGUGUGCCAUAAAAGCAUUCUUUUACAGGAAUGGAUUUGGAUCCAUAGUUUUAGUAAAUGCAUGUGAAUAUCUGAGUUGGUUACUGACAGAACUGUUGUAGGGGCCACUAUAAAUUGAAGAAAAAGAAAAUAAAAAAACAAAGUGAUUUCCCCAGUAAUUCAAGCAAACCUUGCAGCUAAAGGUUACCCAAUGAACACCUUAAAUGCAAUGGCAUUACACAAUGCAUAGUCAGCAUGCUGUGAUUAAAUAUUUACUGAGUUUGCAGUGAUGCAUUAAACCUGGGGAGCCAUUAUAAUAUUGAUCAUGGCCUCUGGAAACAAAACACACCAACUGCCAAGCUAAGUUCCAUAUUGCCUAUGUUUACGCAAGACUGGGCAGCCAUUUUGCAUAAGGAGGCAUGCGCUAUAUUAGUUAGGUUCUAACUUUAAAAGAAAUGCUCUUGAGAAUACUAGACUUAAUUCAAAACAUAGUCUUUACUUCUGUAUCAACAUGCUUUACUUUUCUCACUGGCAACUGUAGCCUGCAGGUGCCUUGUUUACAGAUUUAAACAUUUUGAUUGGUUCUGUUUUUGUAGCAAAUGUAAGAAUCAAAACACUUUCUUUUGUGUACAUAAAACAUUAAAAAUGAGAUUUGAUUGUAUCUAUGUAAAGAGCUCCAUGGCUCAGAGUCAAAAUAAAAAUAAAAACAUAAAAAAAUGA